AUGAGCGUGUGUAUAGGAUGUUUCCGAUAUUUAGUUACUCCAGUAUUUCAUUAUCAUGUGGCACGGACGUAUUUGAAACCUGUCCUCACUUUUCAACGUCUAGUCAAGGCACUAACAAUUCUAAAGAAACGUCCGUAUUUGGCAGGAGCUUUAUUUACACCCCUUACAAUACACGCUUUAAGUAUGACAUCAGAAAACAAAGACACAGCAACACCAGAUAUUAAAAUUCUGAACUUGGAAGAAAUAUUUGAAAAAGCUGACCAGCUGCACACGGCAUAUGAAACUUGUAAAUUGUAUGAACUGUUGAAGCCUUAUGAAAACUGUGAGAAUGAUGAACUUCUGUGGCGUUUAUCUCGUGCUGCCUAUGACAAAGCCAAAAGAGAACACAACAAAGAGAUGCGAAAGACUUACAUGUAUGAAUCAUUUGGAUAUGCAAAGAGAGCCCUUACUUUGAAUGAAUCAAAUUAUGCCUGUCAUAAGUGGUAUGCAAUAUUACUUGAUGAAGUUGGUCAGUAUGAAGGCAUGAAAACUCGGAUAUCAAAUGCAUAUUUGAUUAAAGAACACUUAUUGAAAGCAGUGGACUUAAAUUCCAAUGAUGCAACUUGUUGGCAUUCCUUAGGUUAUUGGUGCUUUAUGUUUGCUGAUCUUCCCUGGUACCAGCAGAAGAUAGCUGCAACUCUUUUUGCAGCUCCACCCACAUCAACUUAUGAAGAGGCUGAAAAAUAUUUUCUGAAGGCUGAAGAAGUGGAUCCCAAUUUCUACAGUAUGAAUUUGGCAAUGUUAGGAAAGACAUAUGUCCGUAUGUGUAAAAAUGAUGAUGCUCGAAAUUUCCUCACUAGAGUACAAGAUCAUCCAGUACGAACGGUAGAUGAUAAAAAGGCCCAUGAAGAAGCUGCUUCUCUACUGAAGAAGAUUGGGACCAAAUAA